UCCGUCUCUUUCUCCUUCCCGUCCUCUUUGCCAACACCAGUGCUUUUCAGCGCCUCUCCUCUCCUUGCCCUCCUUUCUGCUCACCUCUGCUCCGCCAAGAUGUUCUCUCUCCGGACAGCGCAGCCUGCGCAGGUAAGUCAAUGAAGAAAGACCAUAAAUCCUUGCUUUCUUUCUGCAUCAGUUGUUCAAUCGAUUCCUUCGCACCCUUGCCUAUUGGGCCGCACAUCAUUGCCUGCCGACCCAGCUCUUCAAACACAGACUUUGGGAAUAGAGGGCUUCAGCCGGCUUUCUACAGAUGGAUCUUGUUCUUCUUUGACUCUUCUGUUACGUUCUUACCCGUUAACAAGCUCAAUAACUCGUCUCUCCCAUUCGCGUUGCUACACUCUCCUAUUAACGCCUCUGUGACAGUAUCUCCUUCGUCGCGCUGCGGUGCCCACCCUUGCCCGCUCCUCUAUUUCCGUUAGAUGUGUGUCAACUCCUUCCAAGCCAUCGACACGGUUUGCCAACAAUUAUCUGUGACUAAUCUUCCGCCGCAAGCCUUUGCUAGCGUUCAGUCGGACAUUUUUAAGCCGACCAAAUAUGGCGGCAAGUACACCGUCACACUAAUUCCAGGCGACGGAAUUGGCGCUGAAGUUGCUGAGUCGGUGAAAACAAUCUUCAAGGCCGACAAUGUUCCCAUUGAGUGGGAGCAAGUGGAUGUUAGUGGUGUGGACACUGGCAAUAAGCACUCGGAGGAGCUCUUCAAGGAGUCCAUCGCGUCCCUGCGACGGAACAAGCUGGGUCUCAAGGGUAUCUUGUUCACCCCCGUUGAGCGCUCCGGUCACCAGUCAUUCAACGUUGCUCUUCGUCAGGAGCUCGAUAUCUUCGCUUCGGUUGUCCUCAUCAAGAAUAUUCCCGGUUACAAGACCCGCCACGAGAACGUUGAUCUGUGCAUCAUCCGUGAGAAUACCGAGGGUGAAUACUCCGGCCUUGAACACCAGUCCGUUCAAGGUGUGGUGGAGUCACUGAAGAUUAUCACUCGUGCCAAGUCUGAGCGCAUUGCCAAGUUCGCCUUUGGUUUCGCUCUUGCCAAUAACAGGAAGAAGGUCACCUGCAUCCACAAGGCUAACAUCAUGAAACUUGCGGAUGGUCUAUUCCGUAGCACCUUCCACAAGGUUGCUGAGAACUACCCAACUCUGGAGGUCAACGACAUGAUUGUUGAUAACGCCUCCAUGCAGGCUGUCUCGCGCCCCCAGCAGUUUGAUGUGAUGGUCAUGCCUAAUCUGUACGGUGGUAUUCUCUCUAACAUUGGUGCUGCCCUCGUUGGUGGUCCUGGUGUGGUUCCUGGCUGCAACAUGGGUCGUGACGUCGCUGUGUUUGAGCCCGGAUGUCGCCAUGUCGGCCUUGAUAUUAAGGGCAAAGAUCAAGCGAACCCCAGCGCUAUGAUUCUGUCCGGAUCUAUGCUUCUUCGCCACCUUGGCCUAGAUGACCAUGCGAACAGGAUCUCGAAGGCGGUGUAUGACGUGAUUGGUGAAGGUAAAACAAGAACCCGUGACAUGGGCGGUCAGGCCACCACCCACGAGUUUACCAGAGCUGUUCUCGACAAGAUGGAGGCUGCUUUGUAAAGAACUUUCUCUUUGAACUUGCUACUAUUAUGAUGAUGAGAGCUUGUAUAG